CUACUACUACUUACUAAUCGAGAAACAUUGUGAAGAAGAAAGAUGAUGCAGUCCCGAUUAUUAGCGUUUGCAUCAGCGGCGCGUUCCCGCGUCCGACUAGUCUCUCAGAGUCGUUUAGCGUUUGGAUCAUCAACAUCUGGCCGAACCGCUGAUCCAGAGAUUCAUUCCGGAAACGAUGGAGCUGAUCCAGCUGUUUUCCCGAGAGACCCCGAAGGUAUGGAUGACGUGGCGAACCCAAAGACAGCGGCAGAAGAAAUCGUUGACGAACCUCCAAGGUCAAGUUUAGAAGAGCAACCGCUUAACCCGCCAAAUUCUCCACGCGCCACCGCACACAAGCUAGAGAGCACUCCGGUAGGUCAUCCUUCCGAACCCAACUUCCAACAGAAACGUAGAAGAAGCACCAAAGUGAGCGACGGCUCACCGAGGCCAAAAGACGAAGGAGAAGAGGAGGAGCGAAGGCGGAGAGAGAACGAAACAGAGACCGAUAAAGAGUAUUACUCGCACCACAAAGCGUCUCCGUUAUCAGAGAUUGAGUUUGCGGAUACUCGGAAGCCGAUCACGCAAGCCACAGACGGAACGGCGUAUGCGGCGGGAAAAGAUGUGAUCGGAUGGUUACCGGAGCAGCUCGACACAGCGGAGGAGGCUUUAAAGAAAGCUACGAUGAUAUUCAAACGAAACGCAGAACGUGGAGAUCCUGAGACGUUUCCUCAUUCUAGAAUCUUGAGAGAAAUGAGAGGCGAGUGGUUCUAAACUAACGAAAGAGACAAUAAAUGUUUUAAGUGUCUGAAUAAAACUUUUGUCAUGUUUCUCAUAAUCUUCUUACACCAAACAAAGAGGUCUUAAGGAUUACAAAUGUGAAUUACUACAUAGGAAUCUGGAUUCAUA